AUGCAUUGUAGAGAAAUACCCCUGACAGUUUGGGUACUUAUGUUUAUAAGCGCCUCAGAAGAAACUUGUACCUCACGUCUUCAUAUUACCGCAGUCGAAGGGGAACCUUUCUAUCUGAAAUAUUGCUCGUCUUCACCGGAGCAUGAGAAAAAAACAACCACCAUAAAAUGGUACAAAAAUGAAUCACAUGGACCUGUUGACCUGAACUUGAGCAGUUCACCCAGAAUUCUUUUGCGUGGUUAUGUUUUGGAGUUUUGGCCAGUGGAGUUGACUGACAGUGGAUCUUACUCCUUCCGAAUGGGAAAUGAUACUCAUGACUGGAAAUUAAAUGUCAUCCCAAGAAGUAAACACAGCUGUUUUACUGAGAAGCUGGUAACGAGUAAAGCUGUGGAAGUUAAGAAAUCUUUGCAGAUAGCCUGUGAGCACAAUUACUAUCAACAACUGGUCAAUAGAACGGUAUUGUAUAAGAACUGUACAAAGAUGGAGAACAAUCAAAACCCAUUUUUAAAGAAUGCAGAGUUUAAAGAUCAGGGAUAUUAUACCUGUGUGUUUUUCCUACAUCAUAAUGGAAAACUAUUCAACGUCACCAAAACCUUCAAUAUUACAAUAAUUGGAGACCACAGUAAUAUAAUUCCAGCUCUUCUUGGACCAAAGAUCGAUGAAGUUAAAGUGAAAUUAGGAAAAGAUAUACAGCUCAACUGCUCUGCUUUGCUGAAUGAAAAGGAUAUGAUUUACUGGAACACCUGGAUAAAAAAUGGAAAGGAUCCUAAUGUACAUGAAGGGAAAGUGACGAGAAUUAGGACUUCAGAAGGCAAAUGGCUUGCUUCUACAAUACUGAGGAUUGAGAACAUAAAUACAAGAAAUCUAAACUUUGCAUACAAUUGCACUGCAGCCAACCAGGGAGGCAUCGACACCAAAAGCUUCCUCUUGCUGGUAGAAGAAGACAUGGUUGACAUCCCCAGCCACGUCUUCACUAGAGGAAUGAUCGUAGCUGUCGUGAUCUCAGUGGUGGCUGUCUGCCUUGUGACCGUGGGUGUCAUUUAUAGAGUUGACUUGGUUCUAUUUUAUAGACAUUUCAUGGGAAGAGACGAAACCUUAACAGACGGAAAAACAUAUGAUGCCUUUGUGUCCUACCUGAAAGAAUGUCAGCCUGAACACGGGGAGGAGCACGCGUUUGCUGUGGAGACUUUGCCCAGGGUGCUGGAGAAACAUUUUGGGUAUAAGUUAUGCAUAUUUGAAAGAGAUGUGGUUCCUGGAGGAGCUGUUGUUGAUGAAAUCCAUUCAUUGAUAGAGAAAAGCCGAAGGCUGAUCAUUGUUCUCAGUAAAAGUUAUAUGUCUAGUGAAGUCAGGUAUGAACUUGAAAGUGGACUCCAUGAAGCACUGGUGGAAAGGAAAAUUAAAAUCAUCUUAAUUGAAUUUACACCUAUUGGAGACUUCAGAUUUUUGCCUCAAUCACUGAAGCUUUUGAAAUCCCACAGAGUUCUGAAGUGGAAGGCAGAUAAGUCUCUGUCUUAUAACUCAAGGUUCUGGAAGAAUCUUCUUUAUCUAAUGCCUGCAAAAGCAGUCAAACCCUGCAGAGAUGAGUCAGAAGUCUUGCCUGUUCUUUUGAAGUCCUAA